CUUCAAUCCUUACAAACUAACUAUAUAUAGUCAUCACAUGUUUUGACUUUUGACUAGCGGGAAAAUAAAACAAAAAGUCAGAAAAUGCAAGCCAAAUUGUAAUCCAAAAUGAUCACGUCCCAAAAUUGCAAAAAAUUCCACCUACUCCUCCAAUGGACGACCAAUACUCCCUAAUGCUUAAAUAUAGGUAGUGGUAACCUCAGUGUGUGGUUGGUGAGAGAGACCCCACCGUCUGGUUCACCAACCACCCCAAACUGGGGGCAUUUCAGGAGUUGGUGAAAAAUCCUUUCUUUUUUAAACUAUUCAUCAUUUUCCAAUCCUCAGUUUCACCCACCCUAACAAUCCAUUCCCGAUUAACUCUUCCGGCGGAACAUGGCAAAGGAAGCUCCACCAUCGCCGCCGCCGAACUUCUGGGGCGACAUGCCGGCGGAAGAGUACUACUCCUCCCAAGGAGUCCGAAACACCAAGUCCUAUUUCGAUACUCCCAACGGCAAGCUCUUCACUCAAUCCUUCCUUCCACUUGACCCGCAACAGCCGAUCAAGGGCACUGUGUAUAUGAGCCACGGUUACGGAUCGGACACCGGCUGGCUUUUCCAGAAGAUUUGCAUCAAUUACGCCACCUGGGGUUACGCCGUCUUCGCCGCCGACUUGCUCGGACACGGCCGGUCGGAGGGUCUCCGGUGUUACCUCGGCGACAUGGAUAAAGUUGCGGCGACGUCGCUUUGUUUCUUCAAGAGCGUCAGGUACAGCGACGGGUAUAAGCACCUGCCGGCGUUUCUGUUCGGAGAGUCAAUGGGUGGACUUGCCACUUUGCUCAUGUACUUCCAAUCCGAGCCCGAUACGUGGACCGGAAUCAUCUUCUCGGCCCCACUCUUCGUCAUCCCGGAACCUAUGAAGCCAUCCCGGGUUCAUCUGUUCGUGUACGGAUUGUUGUUCGGUUUGGCAGACACAUGGGCAGCAAUGCCGGACAACAAGAUGGUGGGAAAGGCCAUAAGGGACGUUAACAAGCUGAAGAUUAUUGCCAGCAAUCCGAGGAGAUACACCGGUCCGCCGCGGGUCGGAACCAUGAGGGAGUUGCUCCGGCAAACAGAGUAUGUCCAGAACAACUUCCACAAGGUCACGGCGCCGUUCUUGACGUGCCACGGGACCGCGGACGGAGUGACUUGCCCGUCAGGUUCGAAGAUGUUGUACGAGAAAGCAAGCAGUAAAGAUAAAACCUUGAAGCUGUAUGAAGGAUUAUAUCAUUCGUUGAUACAAGGGGAGCCUGAUGAGAGUGCUAAUAUGGUGUUGGCUGAUAUGAGGGCUUGGAUCGAUGAAAGAGCUGAGAAAUAUGGUCCCAAAAUGAAUGGACACUAAAAAACCCAAUUGUCCGGUAUUCAAUUUAAAUGUUGAUCAUCCAUUGCUUUCUUUACAAUGAAAGAUUGAUAUAUGUAGUUGAACUUUGGAAAUUAUGAUCAAUGGGCAUAAAUUAUUGAUAGCUCAUACAUAUAUUGGUCCAUGUGUGCCCAAAUUCAAUUGGUCUAAGUUGUCAAACUCUCAAUGUUAUUAAUUGUUAUGGAAAUGAAUCUAAUGCAGAUAGAGAUAGAAAAAGAGCUUGUUGCAACCUAGAAAAUUCUACCAAUAAGUUGGUGGAAUUAGGUUUUCCUUGGAAUGACAAAAGAGAAUUGUAGGCUGCAUAGUGUUGGAAAGCUCGUAAAGUAGGAAGGGAUGGACGAUGCUAUGACUCAUACAAGAGCUUUCCCAAAUGGCUAAAGCAAGGUCAAUAUUACACUCUUCAGUCUUCAUAUAACUUCUCUAGGAGUUGAAUGUUUACAAAGCGAAAGAAAUUUCAACUUUCAC